GAAAUAUACCUGACGCAUGUGCAAAACUUACAUAAAUACUGAAAAUGGCCACUGCAGCCGUAACGAAACUAGCUCCGGCUAGAAGAGCCUUGGUUCAACUAUGUCAGACUAGAUGUGCACAAACAGCAGCUGCUACAGCUACUCAAGAGCAACCUAGGUACAAGAAAUUCAAAAUAUACAGAUGGGACCCCGACAAGACUGGGGAUAAACCCUCUCUACAAGAGUAUGACGUAGACCUUAACAAAUGUGGUCCAAUGGUGCUUGAUGCUUUGAUUAAAAUCAAGAACGAGAUUGACCCGACUUUGACCUUCAGAAGGUCAUGUAGGGAAGGUAUCUGCGGUUCAUGCUCAAUGAACAUCGGAGGAGUCAACACUCUAGCUUGCCUAUGUAAAAUCAAUGCCAACACAAGUAAAGCCCUGAAGGUGUAUCCCCUGCCACAUAUGUACGUGGUGAAGGAUCUGGUACCAGACAUGAGCAAUUUCUACGCCCAAUACAGGGCUAUUGAGCCAUACCUAAAACAGAAGGAUAUAGAGUCUGACGAGAGUAAGAUUGGAAUGGAACAGAAUCUACAGUCCGUCAAAGACAGAGCCAAGCUGGACGGCCUGUAUGAGUGUAUUCUGUGUGCCUGCUGCAGUACCUCUUGUCCGAGCUACUGGUGGAACUCGGAUAAGUACCUAGGACCUGCUGUACUGAUGCAGGCAUACAGGUGGAUGAUUGACUCCCGUGAUGAGUUCCAACAGGAGCGCCUACAGAUGAUGGAGGAUUCCUUCUCUGUGUAUCGCUGUCACACCAUAAUGAAUUGUACAAAGACUUGUCCUAAGGGUCUCAACCCAGGCUUGGCUAUUGGUGAGAUCAAGAAGUUGUUGGCACAGUACAACAACAAAGCGUAGACUGAUUUCUGUGGAUGCUGUGUGUAUUGGGACAAGCUGGAUCUAUUGUGCACCAAAAACACCUUUAGGCUUAUGGCUGUGUUGAAAGUAUCUGGUGUUGUCAUAUUGACUUCUGAGUUAUCAGACUUACAGAAUACCAGCCUCUUGCUUUGUAUCGUUGUCUGGUCUACAUGGAACAAAAGUUUAUUUCGGUAGAUAAUGUAAAUAAUGUUAUGGAAAAAGAAAAAUCCAAAUAAUCAUAUUUUUAAAACAAAGUUUUCGAAAUCUGAAAAGAGAAUGACAUGAUGCACCUAUGUGAAUAACAGCGUAAGGGAGAUAACUUCAAAAAUAGUUGUAUCAGAAUAAGAUCACUAUAUUCAAUUUGAACUUUUUCUGCAAAUAAAAAACUGCAAAUGUACAUUGUUUUAGAAAUAUUGCUUCUUGUAAAUUCGUAUUUAUUUAUACACUGUCUUUUUAUCAUUAUUUCAAAGAGAAUUCUUUAUAUAAAAUUGUGAAUGUUAA